AAUUAGAAAUUCGCAAAUCGGAAAAAGGUUGAACCUUGGACGUGGACGUUAAAACCGGAGGAAGAUCGCUGAAUCUCAUUAUUCUUCAGUCUUCACGCGCGACCACCAUUCCGAAUAGUUUCUUCCUUCUACAGAGCAGGGGGAUAUCAUUAGAGCGUCGUCAAUUUAGGUUGCUCUCUCCGUGGACUGGAGGAGACUUGGAAGGCAUCUGGCGGUGUUAGGAAUUGAGGUCACGGUGAAUCUACCGAUAUGGAAAAUGCAGCUACUAUUGCCGAGAGGGCUACCAGCGAUAUGCUGAUCGGUCCGGACUGGGCAGCAAACAUAGAGCUGUGUGACUUAAUAAACAUGGAUCCCGGGCAAGCAAAGGAGGCACUGAAGAUACUCAAGAAAAAACUUGGGAAUAAAAACUCGAAAGUACAGAUACUUGCACUAUUUGUGCUAGAGACUCUUAGCAAAAAUUGUGGGGAGAAUGUUUUUCAGCAGAUUGCGGAGCGGGAUAUUUUGCAUGACAUGGUCAAAAUCGUCAAGAAAAAGCCCGAUUUAAGUGUGAAGGAGAAGAUUCUUGAGUUGAUAGAUUCUUGGCAAGAAGCUCUCGGGGGACCUAGGAGAAAGUUUCCGCAAUAUCAUGCUGCUUAUAACGAACUAAAGUCAGCUGGGAUAGAUUUUCCUCCUCGAGUCGAAAACAAUGUACCACUGUUCACUCCACCACAAACACAUCCGAUAGUUCGCCCUGCUUCUCCAUAUGAGGAUGCUGCUGUUCAAGCUUCUCUUGAAUCUGACACUUCUGGACUCAGCUUGCCGGAGAUUCAAAAUGCUGACGGGAUUGCAGAUGUUCUAAUGGAAAUGUUGACAGCCUUGGAUCCACAUAACCCUCAGGGUGUGAAGGAUGAAAUCAUUGUCGAUUUGGUCGAACAGUGUCGUUCAUACCAAGAGCGCGUCAUGAAUCUCGUGAAUAGCACCUCAGACGAGAGCCUUCUGUGCAAGGGGUUGGCGCUAAACGAUAAUUUGCAGCGUGUCCUUAGCAAGCACGACGACAUAGCCAAUGGUAAACCAACAUCUUCUUCCUCCUCCGUGAAUCGAGAACCUCUGCCGGUUGCGCCUCUUAUGAAUGUGAACCACGAGGACUACGAGUCCGAGGACGAUUUUUCUCAGCUAGCGCGCAGAUCUUCGAGGGAUACAUCACAACGACAAUCCCAAACUUCUGCCAAGAGUCCUUUGCCGAUAAGCCCGAUUCUUCCUCCUCCCCCGUCCUCGAGAAAACCGAUCGGCAUAGGCUCCAGCAGCAUCGAUUAUCUCAGCGGCGAUGUCUACGAGACGGAAAGGUCGUCGAGAACAUCGGGUUCGACUACCACUGCCGUCCCGACUAAUUCAAGGGACCGAAGCUCCGUUCCUCCAAGGCAGACGGUGUCUUCGUCGUCGGACGACUUCAUAAAUCCGACAGCGUCAAUGUUCGCUCGAAAACCGACACCCGACACUCCAGUAGCUUCGGACACUCCUGCAGCUGGCAAUCUACCCCCUCCCCCAUCCCGUCACAGUCAGAGACAGCAGUAUUUCGAGCAAUAUCCCGUUACCGGACCCUCUCAUUCGGGCAUCGAGUCUGGGUCUUCGCUCGACAGCUUAGCUGUGCAGACACAGAAUAUGUCGAUCAAGUCGUCGAAGGAGGAAAAAUCCGAAGAUGCCCUAUUCAGAGACUUGCUCGAUUUCGCCAAGGCCAAGUCAUCGGCUCCCCACUCUAACAGGUUGUCGUAAAUGUUGCAUCGAUGUCGCCGGAGCUGGAUUUCCGGCCACCGGUUUUCGACGUAGGUGUGAUCAUUCGUUUCUCGUACAAACGCUAUUGAUAUUGUCCUAAAAUUAGGAUUACAUCGAUCGAUUUGAAGCCGUGUCGUAGCAGAUUGGUUACUUUAUAAUAGAACAUAAGUUUUUUUCACUA